AUGCACCUAAAAGAAAAUGAAAUUCCAGAAAAUGCUCCAAAAGAAUUUCUACUGGAAAAGCAUGCAUUGUUCAUCAAAGCAUAUGAAGAGAAAAAAAAUGAUUAUACUUACAUUAUGACUGAGUAUCUUCGUAUGAGUGGAGUUUAUUGGUGUUUAAGUGCUAUGGCUUUAAUGAAGAAACUGCCUUUAAUGAAUAAAGAUGAGAUUUUGGAUUUUGUGGACUCAUGCAAACAACCAAAUGGUGGUUAUAGUGCUAGUAAGAAUCAUGAUCCCCACCUCUUAUACACUCUUAGUGCAGUUCAGAUUUUGGUAUUAUAUGAUGAAAUAAAUAGAAUAAACAUUGAAGAAGUUGCAGCUUUUAUUAGCAGCCUGCAGCAACCUGAUGGUUCAUUUUACGGAGAUAAAUGGGGAGAAGUUGACAGUCGCUUUUCAUUCUGUGCUCUAGCAGCUCUCAAGCUUAUUGGGAAAAUGGAUGUUAUAGAUGUUGAUAAGGCCAUAGAGUUUGUAAUAAGCUGCAUGAAUUUUGAUGGAGGAUUUGGAUCUAAGCCAGGUUCAGAAUCACAUGCUGGGCAGAUAUAUUGUUGUCUUGGUGCUUUGUCUAUCACUAAUAGACUACAUCAUAUUGAUCCAGACCUUCUUGCAUGGUGGUUGUGUGAGAGGCAAUUAGAAUCUGGAGGAUUAAAUGGGCGUCCAGAGAAAUUGCCUGAUGUUUGCUACUCUUGGUGGGUUAUAGCAUCACUCAAGAUUCUUGGCAAAGUACAUUGGAUCGAUGAGGAACGUUUAUCAAGCUUUAUUAUAGCAUCACAAGAUGAUGAAACUGGUGGUAUUUCAGAUCGUCCCGGUGAUAUGCCCGAUCCUUUUCAUACAUUAUUUGGCGUUGCUGGACUUUCGCUGCUUGGUUUUGAUCGAGAUAAUAUAGAAGAAGUGGAUCCCGUGUUUUGUCUGCCAAGUUAUGUUAUCCAGCGGCUUGGGAUCAAGAAUCAGAUCUAUUAAUCACAUUAUAAUGUAUUUUAAGUUAUAAAAAAGACCAAAAUAAAUUUAUAUUUUUU